AUGGUGCGACUCUGCUGGCUGUUGUGGCUGGCCGUGGCGUUGGCAGCGCCAGAAACCCCGCCAAGGCCUUCUGAGCCUGGCAGCGGCAGUGGCAGUGGUGUGCCUGCGGGAGCAGCAGCCAAUAAUCUGGCUGGGCAGCUUGCUCACCAAAUUUGGCAGAUUCUCCAAGGCUCGGUAACCGCGCCGCCUGGAAUGAUGAGUGGGCCGAGUGCUUCUGAAGCUGCUGCUCCUUCUGUAGGAGCACCUGGACAUUCCGCACCAACGCACGGAGCGUCAAGUUCAGCACCUGGACCACUGCCCGCCGCCACUAACCCACCUGGACCAACUGAGGAGUCUGAGGAGCCGCCUUGGAGACGAUCAAGGAGCCGAUUGCCUCCUGCGGCAGCCAGUGCCGAACCACCUGCGCCGCCUCCCUUGGUUUCAGCGCCGCCACCUGGACCUGGCAGUGCUGCCGCGGUACCCACUCCAGCCACCGAUGUCGUGGACGUGGAAAGAGAGCCGGGGGAAUCCAGACCUGCAGUGAGACUGGAUUUGAGGGCUUGCCGCGUCUGUGGUGCGCAAGCCUAUCAAGGAAAGAGUAUAUGUUUGAAUAUGGAGCGCGACUUAUACAAGUCGUGGAAGAACCCUUCUCGCAAACGCCAGAAGACCAACCGUGGCAAAAGGAGGCCGGUAUGGUGGGCCGACAACAAGAACAAAUGGGAUCCGGAAGAUCCCGAGGACGAUGAUGAGGGCGGCUGGGAGCCAAAGGCUCCAUUGUACAAAGGCCAUUGGCAAGACUGGGGAGACUCAAGUUCAGGCGGUCGUUGGGCCUGGGCCUGGGUAAAUUAA